UAAAUACUUCGGUCCUUGUCUUUUAAGAAAUCAUCAUAUCAACCAUUCAGAGCGUCAAAAUGGCGUCAAGCCAUGACUUGAAAGAAGUUUUGAAAGAGGCGUUAGAAACAAGAGGUGCCCUUGGUGAAAUCAAAGCUAGAAUCAGAGCUGAAGUUUUUGCUGCUCUGGAUGAUCAGUCAGAAGCAAAGCCUCCAAUAAGUAAUGAAAAUAUUCUUAUAUUUGAGCUGAUUCGUGAAUUUUUAGAAUUCAACAAUUGUAAAUAUACUUCUUCUGUGUUGGUAUCAGAAACUGGACUCUCUUCAACUCCUCUGGACAGGGAGUUUUUACGUAAUGAAUUAAAUGUAGUUGAAGAUGCACCCUCCAGGACAGUGCCACUUUUAUACAGCCUUGUUUCUCAUUACAAAGAUGGAAAUGCAGAAAGGGCAAACCGUAAUUUCAUACAACCAGAGAAAGAUUAUGGUAGUAGAUAUACAGCUUCAAAAGAAAAUGGCACAAGUGAGCCAUCUGCAGUCAUUGUUAAAGGAGGAAAGUUGUAGCAUUUGCUCAUGUUAUAGUUAUAUGUAAAUAUAUUGAUAUUGUGUAGCAUACUCUCAACAAUCUAAAUUUUAAAGUUGUAAUUAUGUAUUAAUAAACUUUAUAGCACAGUGGCUUUUUUAUCUUUUAAA